GACCCGUUUUAUGGGAGUUCGGACCCAAACGGAACUGUGUCAGCCUGUGGCAGGGUCUGGCCGUUCACUGGGAGGCACCAUUAAAAAACUACAACAACAAACACAAACGGAACCAGUCCGAUACCGGAGGCUCCAGCCACAGCAGCUGUUAGCCGCUCAGCUAGCCGCCGUCAGGACGGUCAGAGGAGUCCGAGCUGCGGCUGAAGGCCUGAACGUUCCCCCUGCCCUGGUUCCCUGAAGCCGAGGCGCAGCUGCGGGUUAGACACCGGGUUCUGCUGGAGGACCUCCGGGAGGUGGAGGUGUCUGAGCUCCUCUUUGUGUAACAAAAGGCUGCUGGUGGCAGAGAUGCGUUCAGGGACCAGAAGAGACACCGAAGUACAGAAAAACUGGUUUAAAUCUAGAACCCGCAGAAAACCAGGAGAACCGUUCUGUAAAACACUGUGAAUCUCUAAACCCACAUUUGGCAGCAAGUUGUCAGAGCAACGAAACCAACAGUUAUUCUGUUACAUUUUCUGUAUUAUUUCAAGUUUAACAAAAAACUAUUUUUGGAUCAAAUUUACCUCCUAAAUAGGUCGGAUUUAGUAAAUAAAGUUCAAAAACAAAAGUAAUAAUGAUAAAGUAAAUGUUCUUUUCACUUCACACUAUAUGAACAGGUCAUAUCUGAUCUGUUUGUUUUAAUGACUGUGUAUUAAUUUCCUUUCAUUCCUGAAUUUAAGGUCAAACGUGUUCCAAAAGUAAAACUUCUUCCUCUUUCUAGUCUUCUCAAAUGUUCUCCCAACUCUGAAAGCUCCCCUGUCAUCGAAGACACUGAGCCAUGAAAAUGUUCAGCGUUAUUCCUGCAAACGCAUCUUAAGGCGUCCAACAUUACGGAGUCAUUGUUAUCCCAUUUCUUCAUCAUUCCUUACUGGGGACAGGUCAGGACUUCAAGCAGGGUAGUCCAUUAGCUGGACCAUCUUCUUCCCCAGCCAUACCUUUGGGAAUGUGUGAAAUCCUCAUACCCACUGUGAAGCACGGUGGUGGAGGGAUCAGGAUAGGGGCUCGUUUGACAGCCACAGGACCUGAGUGCAGAUUGUGGUUUUCCGUAGUCUUGGUGAAUGUGGGAAGAGUUUCCUUGGAACAAGAUUUGUGGUCUUGAAGGCAGCAGCUGCAACUUUUUCACUGGUUGACUUCCACGUUGAUGCUGCCAUCACAGAAGUGGACAUGAUCUUUGCCAGGUACUCUGAUCCAAGCCAGUACCAUGCAGGCACUGGUUCCUGACAACUGGACCCUCCUUUUCCUCGUCGCUCCAUUUCUUCUAACAUCUGGAAUACUGAUCCCAGUCCAUGUUCUCAUACAUCUGUGCAGUUACUGAAGACUCUCAGAAGACUGGGAGAAGUGCCGAUGACUGUGGAUAUACUGGUGAGAACUGGAGUGGGCAAAACUGUGAACUCCUUCAGGAAGCACGGAGAUGCCGGAGAUCUGGCAAAAAGCCUGGUAGCAAAGUGGAAGAAACUGGUUCCUCAGACUGCAGACAGACCCAACAGUAACACCAAACCAGCUUCCCAGUCACACCACAGAUCCCACAGAGAGCCAUCCUCUGAGGAAGAACCCUCUUACAUGGAAGAGGAGGAGGAGGAGGAGAGAGGCUAUCACACAAACUACUCCCCCUCACCUCCUUAUCAGGAGCUGUAUAGCCCCCCGCAGCGAGGGGGAUAUGAGUCAGAAGAAUAUGAGCCAGAGCCAGAGCCAGAGCCUAGCCCUCCACCUCCUCCACCUCCUCCUCCUCCUCCUCCUCGUAAGGAGGUCCGCCACAGCAAACCGAGCAAAGAACCGAGCAAGAACCAUCACCACAGCGAAAGAAACAGAGAUGAAGAGCAGUGGCAGCCCAGCGCUCAGACCAGCAAUGACCGAGGAGGAGAAGGAAAGAAACGAAGCGGAGACCGGGAGAGGCCGAAGAGUCCGGUGCAGAAGAAGCACAGCAAGAAGUCCACGUCACACGACAGCAAGAAGGAGGAGAAGAAGAAAGGAGGAGAGGAAGGUUCUGCUCUUCCAGGACGACCUCGACCUCCAAAGGACUCUCUGUCCAAGGAGGAAGACAACGACUUCGAGACGCCCACCAUGUCCUUUGAGUCUUUCCUUACGUACGACGCACCGACUCCUGUCAAGAAGAAGAAGAAGCCGUUACCGUCGUCUUCAUCCUCGUCACACAGCAGACCAUCUCAGUCAUCCUCCAGUUCAUCUUCGCGUCAGAGCAGAACAACGUCCUCCAAAGCGAGCAAAGCGAAUGGAUCUCAGAGUUCCAAAAGGACUCAUUCCAACUCCAGGUCUUCAGCGGCCGAACCAAAACCAGAGAAACGCAAAAGGGUUGUCGAGGCUCUUCCGAUUCUCCCAGACAUCCCUCUCCCAGCGAUCCAGCCCAACUACAGACCGCUGCCCUCCAUCGACACGCCGCUGUCCCCUCAGAGGCGCAAAGUUCCCGUGUGUAAUGACGAGGAGGAUGCAGGCUUCACCGGGAAGCGGUUCAACUCCAAGAUGGUGGUCUACUCGGGGUCAAAGACGUCCUACCUCCCCAGGAUGAUGACCCUGUACGAGCAAUGCAUCCGGGUUCUGCAGAACAACAUUGACUCCAUCGCUGAAGUGGGCGGAGUUCCCUUUGAGAUCCUGGAGCCCGUCUUGGAGAGAUGCACUCCGGAGCAGCUGUACCGGAUUGAGCAGAGCAACCAGUGCUUCACGGAGGACUCGGAUGAUCUGUGGAUGCGCCACUGUAAGCGUGACUUCAAGCGCGAGUCUCCUCAGGAGUUCGAGUCGUGGAGGGAGAUGUAUCUGCGGCUGCACGACGAGCGCGAGGAGCGGCUGAGGUUGCUCACCCAGAACAUCAGCUCCGCCCACGCCAACAAACCCAAAGGACGGCAGGUCAAGAUGGCAUUCGUACACUCAGUGGCCAAGCCGCCCCGGGACGUUCGACGCCGCCAGGAGAAGUUCGGUACCUCCAGCGGUUCGUCAACAGCCUCAACUGCUUCUCCCACCAAAAUAAAACCAGCAUCCUCUGACUACUCCGGUGAUUCGAGCCUCUCCUCUUCUUCCCACAUCAACUCUCCUGCUAGCUCAUCUCGCCCUUCAGCGCCAACUGGAGGAGGAGGACUGCAUGCCGGGCGGGAAAAGCCACAAGUCAAAAAAAUCGCCCCCAUGAUGGCAAAAACCAUCAAAGCAUUCAAGAACAGGUUCUCCCGCCGGUAGUCUGGCAGAGACUGGAGAAAAGUUGGGAAUCCCAGCUGGUUUUAAUUGAAUUUUAAUUGCAUUUUCCUUCAAACACAUGGCAUGAACCUCAUGGUACUGGUGAGAACAUGGUUUCUUUUCUGCAGGUUUCUAAGUAUUUAUCAUCAGUCCUGACUGAGGAUUCGACAGCUGAGGUCACCAGCUUCAUGCUACAAACAAACCGACCCAGGCGGACACCUUUCACUGCUUUCCAACAGCUUUUAAAGGAACCUUUUCACAGUUUUGUGAAUUUAGAUAUUAGACAGUUCUCCCUUCCUGAGCGGAGCACAAAAACUAGAAACAAACCUGAAAUCAGUGAACAUCUUUUAAAUUAGACCAACGUGUCGUUUACUAGAUGUGAACAGAAGCAGUUUUCUGAACAGGAUCGGCUAUUUUUAUGGUCUCGUUGUGGCUCAGAACCAGCAGGCCCAAUUCAAGUUGCUCAGAGUAAGCCGGCUGUUGGGGUUAGUUGUUAAAUGUGUGAUCAAUCUCCAUGGAAGGUCUAUGAAUGAAGCACAGGGAAUCUAUCAGUGUGUGUGAUGAGGAGCUCAGAUAAUCCUGCUGUUUUUACAAGGUUCUGAACUUUUUAACAGUAUUUUAGCUGAUUUUAUUCACCUGUUUAUUCAUAUUUGGUUCCACCGUGUCCCAGAACAUCCUGUGUUUUACACAAAGAGCAGGAUCAGGACUCAGAAACAGAGAAGAACAUGGAUCAUCGGUGAUCUCUGUGCUCUUGGUGUUUGGUUUUUUAGGCGAGUCUCGGGGAAACGGAGCUUAUUGAUUUCAUUCAGAGAGCCACGCAUCUUCUGCUGUCUUUAGUUCAUACAGUACUGUGCAAAAGUUCAGAGUCGUGUCUCAUUCCUUGUAUUUCCCAUCCAAGUAUUGAGACUUUGUCGUCUUGUUUUAAAGCGUUCUGCUUUACUAGUUCUCCAGGCUUUCUGAACUUCCAUCAAAAGGUUCGGGGUCAUUUUCAGGGUACACUUGUAGCUACAGUUUGUCUUUUCAUCCCAUCCAAACAAAUCAUUUCAUACCCAUGUGCUUCACUGCAGAAUAUCAGUUUAGUUUUCUUUGUCUCUAGAUGAAUUAUGGAAACAGGAAGUGUCUUCAAGUAUGCGUCUGGUUUUCAUUUAUCUGGGUUUCUCCUGCUCUCGUAUCAGUGGGAUUUUUAAAUGUUUUUAAGCUUUUAACAAACAGGAGAGAAAAGCUAAGCAUCUCCAAGCCCAACUCUACUGUGGCUCAAAGUCAUGAACUUUAACAGAAAAAAACUGUGAAUUAUAUGAGUAACAGCGCCCCCUCUGGUCACACCGGGACAGACUUGUCAUUUCUACUGCUGAGUUUCUUAAUGAAGAGGAGCAGCGAGUUGUGAUGAAAAUACAUUUUAAAGGUGUCAGUUAGUGGAAUAAAGCCAUGCUAGCAGUUUCCAUCUGUUUCCAGUCUUUGUGCUAAGCUAGGCAAACAAAGUGCAGUCUGAAAGUUGGAUCAGCCGUCUGCUUUAGCCCUUCAAACGAAAACAAGUCGACAUAUUUUCCUACAUGUCCAGUUUUUCUUUUAAGGUACCAACGGAGCUUUUGAGUUAACAAGCUCCUGUUUCUUUUUCUGUCUGACCAAAUGACACUAAACCUCUCUGUUGGUUGCUUCAUGGCUCCUCUUUGUCAGGAAACCAUGCCGUUCAGAUGUAAUCCUGUUAUUCCUGGUGAUGCUUCAGAAACACGCCCUGCUGUCUUAUUUUUACUUUUCCUGUGGCUCCAGGUCCUGUUUGCCUCCUGCUCCUGAAAGUCUGCUUCUGUCUGCUUCACUGUGACAAACUGUUUUAAAUGAGGGAAGUCCAUAGGACGUCUGCGGCUUCAGCCCUCCAUCAUGAUGGCAUGUAUUUAUUUUCAGAAACGGGACCUGGUACCCUCCCUACAACACAGGCUCGAGUAAAUGGAAAACUGUAAUUUUAUUAGAUUUUAAUAAAUGUUAUGUGGUCGUUUUUAUUAAAAUUGACUUUUGCCCUGAAA